UGAGCUCUCCCUUCACUUUCUGUUCAACCCUCCACUUGCCUGCUGAACAGAGACUGGACAGACACAACUGGUGAGUGAGGAGAGUGUACAAGGGAAUGUGACAGACUUUUCAAUGCCCAUUUGGAUUUCAGCAUAUUUUGUAUUCUUAUCUGGACACUGGCAAUGUCUGAAAGCAUUGUGAGGAAGGUCCAGCCCUUCACUAUUGGGACGAGGCUGUCAGUCCCGGCUGUGCCAAAAUGCCAGGAGUUUACACAGAGUUAUCUACAGAGCCAGAGUCUGGAUAACUGCACUCUACAGCACAACCUGAACUCGCUCUACCUCAGCCGAUCCCAGGUCUGCGCUCACGGCCCCUGCCUCGUCUCACCCAUCGUCAAGCAGGUAGCUCCCAUGAGGCACGAUCAGGAGGACAUGGCAGCUGAGGACCAGCUGAACCAGAACGUCGCCUCUCCCUCCGCCGUCUCCAGAUCCAUCAAGAAGAUCACAAUCUCUGGGAGUCGAGACAGAUCAGAGAACAAGGUGUCAGUGGGAUCGGCGCAGCUCUCAAUCACAGGGUCCACAUCUGAAAACAACAAUAACAACAACAACAUCACCAGCAGCACGUCAGAUCCUCAUCUGCCAAGGAUUGUGGGUGUGAGCUGUGAGAAUAAGCCCAGUUCUCACUUUAAGGUUUUACUCAGAAAAGACAGCAGUGAUGAACCUCAGCCUCCGCAGGGACAAACCAGGCUAAAACUGAACGGAGAGAAAUCCGUCCAACAGAUUUCAGUUUCUGAAUCGCAGAAGAAAGAGCCACAGAGGAAAGAAAGUCAUCCACACACACAGAAUGAAGCAUCAGCAGCUGCUCCAUCCCAGAGUGACUUCUUCACUCAGCGCAAUUCACUCUUCAACAAGGAAGUGCUGCAGGCAGAGGCGUGGAUCAAAGGCAAGCUGCAGGACCUGAAGGAUGGAUGUAAUAUUCAGCGCUGCCCCCUACAGGACUGGGAAGAAGCCUCACAGACGCUUCAGAGAGACCUCAAAGACUUUGAGAACACCCUGAUUCAACUCAACCAGAUGGGUGAGCAGUUGAUCUGUAAGUUGAACCCCACCUCUGAUCUGGUGAAGAAGCAGCUCAGCCAGCUCAGGGACCAGUGGCAAACCCUGAAACAGACGGCUGCUAAUCAGACGAGGGCCCUGGGUGGAGCCAAGAACCUGCAGGAGUUCAACAGAAAAGUGGACAAGCUGGAGGCAUGGAUUAAAGAGAAGCAGGAAGAGGAGCAGUCUCUGGUGAAUGUCCUGGGGGAAAAUGUUGACAAAAUGCAGCUGACAAGGAGAAUUUUAGAUCUGAAACAGGAUGAGCAGCUAUACAGAAACCUCCACGAGGAGAUCAACCACUUGGCCCUAAAACUGGAGAAACAAGGGAAGACAGAUGGCAAAAACAUCUCCAGCAAGAGGAAACACAUCAAUAAAAUGUGGCUGAAGGCACAGUCUCAUCUGAAAAACUACCAUGAAAAUCUUCAGCUGGCACUGGAGGUGUCCUCGUUCUACCAACAGGCUGAUAAUACCUUGUUUGCUAUUAAUAACAUGAGGAAAAGCAUAUCUGCAUCGAAAGAGCUGGACAGCUGUGGAGACAGAGAAAUACGAGACAUCGCCAGUCAAAUCAUGAUGCUAGAUGUGAGCGUGUCACAGGUGUCUAAUCUCCAUCCCGCCCUGGCCGCCAGCGUCACACAGAAGCAGAGUGAGGUGAAGGACUGCUGGGCACUUCUUCAGAAGGUUUUCAGGAGUGACAGGACCACACUCUCUCCCACUGGCUCCGCUUUCACCAGGGAAGAUGCUGACCCCCUGACACCGGCCCGAGAACCCCAGUGCAACGUGGGAAUGGAGACGCAAAGGAUCAUGGGAAAGGAGGUGAAGGAGGAGCAGAAUCGUCUGAAAGGCUGCGUGAGUACUGUUGAAUGUGGGAUUGGUAGGAGAACACCGAGCAACCAAAGCCAGGAGCAGCAAUCAGUGAACCACACCUCUUCACCCACAGGAGACGGCCCUGCCUGUGCGCAUGAUGUCAUCGUCAGACAUCAAUUGAAGGGGGAAAGCAGGAAGCCCAGAGCAGAGCCCAAGCUUGCCACCGCCCCACGAGGCCACCCACAGCUUCACACACAGCUCCAGAAGUUCACGGUGUCUGCUGACAAGACUUUGUCCUGGCUGAAAGACAAUGUGUCCAUGGCCACACAGGUGUGUUCAAUAGCCAGCUUUGAGGGGCCAGAGGCAGCCAGGAGGUGUCAACAGGCUCUGGAACAAGAAAUUCUCACCAACAGGGCCAGGAUAGAGGUGGUCAAACGGGAGGGUCGCGGGCUGGUCCGUGCACAGCACCCAGGCAGCGCCAAGAUAGAGGAGUUCCUCGGCCAGCUGGAAGUCUUAUGGGAAGAGCUGCGGAGGAGGCACCAGAGGAACGCAGCGUUUCUGCAGGCCUCAGAGGAGCUGGGUUUUAGGGUUGUAAAAGUGCUCCAAGCCCUGGGCAGCCUGGAGGCCUGGCUUGAGUCCGUGGAGCUUUCCAUGAAGGAAUCUGCUCUCGCCGGUGACCCUGAAACAAUGAGCAUGGCUGAGAGGGAGAGCUGUCUGCUGGAGAAAGAGGUCGCAGCACGCAGCCUGGAGCUCAGCGCUCUGAGGCAGGAGGUGGACCGCCUCCACAGCCACAGUCACCCACACACACGAGGCCUGCCAGUACGCAUGGAGGAGGUGGAAAGAAAGUAUCGUCGUGUCCAAAGUGCCCUGACCCAGCAGAGCUCAGAGCUGCAGGACACACGGAUGCUGACUGAGUUCUUGGAGCGUGUGGAACUAGAGGAGAGCCAGGAGCUCAGCAGCAGUCAGUACAGCCUGGGACAGCCUCUCCACAGUGAGAUUUCCUCAGCUCCUACAUUGCUGGGACUCCAAAGCAGUGGCAGUGGUGAGCCCCUGAUAGAAAGCAUGGGCGACCCUGUGGAGGAACUACGAGAGGCCGUGGAGAUGCUAAAUGACACCGUUAGGGAAAGAGGCCGAUCGCAGAGCCAUGACCAGGCCAUCCAGGAGCUGCUGAGCAGGCACGCCAGCCUGGCGGUGCACAUGGAGGAGUGCUUGUGCUACAGCAAGGAGCUGAGCCUGGACAUCCUGGAGAAGGAGACAGACAUGGCCGUCCAGUGUGAGCCAGACCGCUGCGGCCUAGAGGCUCUGCAGGAGAAGCAGGACCACCUGGAGAUUGACUAUGAAGUCAUCAGGGAGGAGGUAAAGGAGAUGGAGAAGCAGACUUCUCGCUUGGAAGAACUGUGCCCAGAGCGAGUGCAUGUACUCGGGGCAAAGAUCCAGGCCAUGCUGCAGGGCUGGACAGAGCUGGAGAAGAGUGUGACGGAGAACAAAUCACGUCUACAAGAGUUUGUGCAGCUCCAGGACUUCUUCAGGAGCUACCUCGCCAUGAUCUCAUGGACAGAAGACACCAGGUCGUGCAUCUUCUCAGAUACCGCCUUGCAUUUCGGGAAAGACGGCCAGAGGCCACUCGCUGCAGAGCUGGACAUGCAGAUUGAGCAAAAGUUUGAGGAGUUUGAUGAGCUGGCAGAAACGGGGAGAAACCUUUUAGACAAAGAGCACCACCUCACGCAGAUGGUGAAGGAGCGCAUGGAAGAACUGAGGAGUAUGCUCGGGUGGAUCUCGGUGCACUGGAGGGCUCAGAAACAGCAGUGGCUUCAUAAGAAGAGCCAACAGGAGCCUUCACAGGAUAAUAUUUAUUCUGAGGCCACAAUGUGCUCUCCAUCGACAGAGAGUUCACCUCCUGAGCUGGAGGCCCACCAGUCCUACCAGUCCCACCAGAUUCUAGUCUCUGAUGAAGACAAACCAAAGGCAGCAGGAGACAGCCGGCCCUCAUCCCUGCCGCCAACACAAGCUGAGCAGCAGGACGAGAAGCAGUUUGAGGAUGGGUAUGAGGUCAUGAACAGUAUUGGACCACGGGGUGGCGAGGCUACCUCCUCAGAGACUCCCAAACCCUCCAUUGUGGUCCUCAAAGAGCCCAGCAGCCCUGCUUUAGGGGGCACGGUCAACCUCAUCCUUAGCUUUGGUAACACGGGGGACAGCCAGGUUCAGGUGCUUGACCCACCUGCUAGGACGGACGAGGUGGUGGAGGAGACCUCUGAGCCUGUCCACAGGCCCGCUGUGCCUCCAUCUUCUGCCUGUAAAAACUUUUGGAGGCGCUGCCAGGGGCUUUUGGAAAAUACUUUGGGUAGUUUAAAGCGAAAGAGAAAGAUUUAUCGGCAGAGUGCAAAUGAGGUAAGUACCUACUUGCAUGUCAAGGAUAACAACUUGGCUGUGGCCCCUGUGUAUGAGAGUAUCACCCUGCCACGCCAAAAGAGCCGCUCUACAGCCUCAGCCUCACCUACUUUCCUGCCGUCCACCUCUUCCUCGUCAUCUUCCUCAGUGCCUGCACCUCAGACGGCCAAUGUAACCUUUCACGCUUCGGCAGGGAAUGGCGGCAGCUCCAUUUUCAGCAGCCUUAAGAGAAUGGGAAAGAAGAGGAAGAGGAAGAGAGAUGGUCGAAGACACACUAUCCAGAAAAUCAUGGGAGUGGAGGAGCAAAGGGACGGGAUGCCUCAGUUUGGCUGCGAGACAGUCACAUACGACACACAUACAUGGCCACUUAAGGAAGGCAGGAGGAGGAAGACUUCACCAAAGAGUAGGGAUAGAGUAGAAGCUAUGGCCUACAUGAAGAACCCCCUGCUGAAGGACAUUGAUACAGAGUGUUCAGGAGAAUACAGCAUUAUUCCAUAUGCUGAAUCAGAGGGGCCAACCACAAAUCACGCGAGAAGCCACUGCAGAUUCCUCUCUUUGGGCUCUGUGCUGAGCUUCGACCUGCCCAAGGACAUGACCCUCAUCCCCAGCAUUCAGGACAUCAUUACCAUCGCCCCUCCGGAAUCCAAAACCGGAGCAGGGACUGAUCCGGACCCCCACUCCCAGAGACAAUCAGCCCUGAGCUCUUUCAAACAGACUCGACCCACUCCUGCAGUCACACGCAGUUCAGCAGAAAUCAGUUUUCCUGAAACUCAGACUUCGACGAUUGUCAUGAAAGAUCUGCCUGAUGUGGAGAAGAGUUUCCAACCAGCACCUCCUCUUUCCCCGGGACAGGAUGAGGAUCAGACUGUGCCAUGUAACGACCUGUCUCAAACACAGUUCAGUCAGCAGGAGGAUCCAGAGCAGGAGUGGGACAAAAUGUCAUCAGAGGUUAAAACCAAUACAACUGAAAGAGAUGUGACCGUCCAGUCUUCCCAGCUCCCUAUUUAUGUGAACCAAGCCCAAAAUACAGCUGCACAUAAACACCAAUGCCCUAGUGUCCACACACUCAUCCGAGACCUAAAAGGACAUCAGUACCAUAAAUGUGCAAGGACCCAGUGUGUGCAUGGAGAGAGUCCUGGACAGUGUCUGAGCCAAGCUUCUCAUAUGGUGGUGAAUCUGAAGUCGACAGUGAAUGUGAGUGUUCGUCAGGACUCAGUUGACUCUGGAAUCUCCACCUCCAGCAGUAUCAAGCUUUGUACUGAUGCUCCAUGUCCAGAUAAGCAGCAGCCCAAGGGUGUGGUGGGGAGGCUGAUGUCCCUUGAGGUGGGAGGUAUAGACUGCGCUAAAUCGAAGGAGAGCACUGUAACAUCAUCAGGUUUGUCAACAGACUCAGCAGAGCUAGAUACAGAGCCCGUCAACCUCGACCACCAGCAAUUUGAGGAGGAAGAAGAAGAACUGGAGGACAUCUGGAACCAGACUACUAACUUUAGACAGAGCAUCUGCUCAGACAUUAUGUACCAGCCCAACCAGGAAGAGUCUGAACCCUCUGUCCAAUCCAAAGAGCCCCCUUCCCGCUCACCUUCACCCAAGACCCCGGCUGUGCUCUACAGGAACCUGGUCACUGCCUCAGCACCCAACCUCCUCGUGGCCGAGUUUAAACUGCCCUCCUACCUUCAGAGCUUGCUGGGUUACGACAAGGAGCAGAGUCCCAAAGUUAACCUCCCUCCACUGGCCACAGGAGACAGGAGAUCCUGGGCGGCCUUUCCUAACAGGGAGCCAGCCGGCAAGAUCUCAGUGACAGUAAACGAGACGGCAUCUGAUCCAGUGAAGCUGCCAGAUGUGGGGGACAAUCAGAGAUAUAUUUAUCAGUACAGAGAGGAUGAGGAGGAGGAGGAGGAGGCAAAGGUGGGGGAGGAGGUGGAUGAGCACGCAGGUAGUUUGAAGGACCACUCAAUGAGUCUACUGUCAGUUCAUAUGGGUUUGGAUGGCAUCUGUCAGCAAAGAGAAGCCUCUCACAGCCUGGACAACAUGGAGAAGCAGGAAGAAUCAGUGGCCACAGGAGGGCGCUGUAUCACCCUGAGUGGAAAGCCUGAGCUGCAGUCUAUGGAGGGAACGCUUGAGAGGAAGCACAAGCUGCAGCUGGGAGGAAAGAAAGCUGCCUCCAGAGGCUGGAACUCCUACCAUGCUGUCCUAUAUAGACACACCUUGUGCUUCUACCAGGAUAGAAAGGAUACACUGAGGAGCUCUGCAUGCGGCCUGCCGCUGAACCUCAUGGGAGCUGAGUGUUCACCUGCACCAGAGUACACCAAAAAACCCAACUGCUUUCGACUACGGCUUCGUGAUGGGUCCGAAUAUCUGCUCAAUGCUUCCUCACGCUUUAUGAUGAAGAAAUGGAUGAUGAAAAUACAAGCAAGCACAGGUCGGAGUGAGUCUGUGCCUUCAUUAUCAAGUGUCCCAGCUGAUCAAGACUUCCCCAUUUCCUUAAAGCCCUUCCUCUGUCCCAAUUGUCAUGGUCUUGCCAAAUGCCACUGCCCCUCCUCCCGCCAUGAUGUCACCUCCACGUUCCCAAGGCGCAAACCGCCGGGCGCGACCCAAACCAAAGAGAUUGUUGUCGUCACCAGAGAGUUCAGUCACAUGCCGCAGAGUAAUUUAAGGAGUGUGGAUGAGCAGUCGACCAUGUCAUCCUCAGAUGGAGGCUGCUGUGAUGAUGAUGAAGACAGUUUAAAGCAGACGGUGACUCACAGACUGUCUGGAGCAUGCAGAAACAACACCUCUCCCUCCCCUCACUCCCCUGUCUCCAGCGGUCAAGACUGGCUCAGCACCAAGCGUCGCUCCCACUCCUUCACAUCAGCAACGUUUCAGAAGAUCAAACCCAUGCAGCACACCCCUGGAGGCAGCGGCCUGGAAAGAGGCUCCAACUACUGUGUGACUCUUGUCGUUGGAGACAAGACGUCAGACGGCGUGUCUAUAAGCAGGAGCUCUGAGUCCCCGCUGCUGGCCUCGGCCGGAUGGCAGCAGGACACCCAUCAGGACUCUGCUCUGAGGAGCUACGCCAGCCUGCCACGGCCGCACAACAAAUCUGUCUUCAAAAAGUUCUUUGGGAAAAGGGACCUCUGAGAUAUUUUAAUGAUUUUACUAAUAAAGGGUUUUAGAAAUAGUUUCUAAUGUGCAGUGCACAUAUUUGUUGAAAAGCAAAAAAAGAAAAAAAAAAUGCUACUACUGAUUAUAUUUAUGAUGGGAAGAGCUACCAUGGUUUUAUUUUUGAUGUGUUUUAUAUAAAUCACUUCAAAUCCUGAUGAGUGCCUUUAAUGAGUGUUUAUAUUGAUCCAAGUUAAAAGGAGCAAUAGUGUGUGUGUGCACUGUGUAGAUGUAGAUUCUAUUAAUUGAAAAACAUGUUUUCUUACCAGCCGUAUGUCAUGUUUCCUGUUGUUUUGUUGUUGUUUUUAUUGUUGUGUUAUUGGGUUAACAGUCUCUGUUGAAAGAAACCUAUCUGCUCAGUGGAGAAUCAGUUUCAAAACCAUUUUCACAGAAUAAUCUCAGUGAUAUAAUCUUAAAUCAGUUAUGACUUAGUCUUAUCCUGAACUCAUGACACUUACUUCACAUGUACAGCGUGUGGUGCACCAAAACAUUUUCUCCUUUAUACUGAAAUCAGCAGUUUGAUACUGCUCGAGCUUGUUUGAUAUUAACACAUUUAAAAUACUAAUUGUAGCAAAGGCUAUUCAUAAUAAAACAUUAAAAACCAAGACUUUGCUUCGGCUCUGAUUAAUAGAUGGAGAUAUUUAUUUUUUAAUACAGUUGUGGUGAAAAUGUCUGUUAUUCAAACCCUGCUGUCAUCUCUGGAGGCUUUGAAGAGAAAAAAGGAUUAGAUGAAUGGAGAGAUUAAAGGCCAGGCCAGGCUAAGAACAUUCUCACAUCAUUAGCCUUCUUUUUGCAUAUUAAAGACAUGAUUCAAACAAAUCCAUAAUCAACAGCAUUAAUGCUGAGGACCCAAACAUUCUUUGUAGACAUUAUGGCUGCAUAAUGAGUCAUAUGCAUAAAGAGUUCGCAAAAUGCUGCUGUUUAGCAUCACAAAAUAUUCAGCGAUUCCCUUCAAGAUGUCUGAGGGACAGAUUAGUUUGAGCAGAGAGGGAAAUGGGUCACUUGGUGCACAUUUUAAAACAAUUUUGGAAGAUCUGGAAUAUAUAAAGAACUAGAAAAGGCUAAUGUCUCUCAAGAAAGUGUAAGUGUGCAUGCCUAAUCUGAGAAUUGCAGGUGCAAACACUAAACAGGUAGAAAUGUCCUCAAAUGUUAGUUUACAUGUGCAAAGUCAUACAGGAGCUGCAGCUGAAGUGUCUGUUAAAGUGUGAGCAUUGUUUGGGUGUAAAAUGCAUUUUGAAGUGUAAGAGCCAAAAGCAAUUGAGAUCGGCUGAGGUGUAAUCACUGAGAGCAACUGAAAUUUUAAUUCCAAGUUUGAGCCAUGUAGGCAGUUGAACUGUCUAUUUAUAUAAAAGAAGAAGAAAAUACACUUUAUUAAUCCCUGAGGGGAAAUUAAAUUGGUUCACUCUAUUGUCAUAUACACACAGGCCUGAAAUACACAUACACAAAAUCAGGACCUAUACAUGCAUUAAAUGGAGAGAUGUCUGAGCAAGGGGGCUGCCCAUGGACGGGUGCCCUGAGCAAUUGGAGUGUCCGUGCCUUCGUCAGGGGCGCCUUGACAGUGCCCUGGAGGUGUGCUGGCAGCUCUCCCCCUGCCAGUCCACUCCAUAUUUGGUCCGGACAGGGACUUGAGCCAAGUCUCUACGGGCUGAGCUACUGCCACCCUGUUUUAUAUAUAUAAGCACUCUAAGAAAAAGAUAGAAGCAUUUGAACUGUUCAGAAGUGCAUUGCAUCCACAUAGGAUAAGUAAAUAGACACAUAAUCUGGUAACUACAAGGAAAGCUCUCAUGAUUAUGAGGGAUCUCCUACUUAGAGGAUAUUAUCUUCUAGGACAGGUGUAGGCAACCUGCAGCUCUGGAGCCACAUGUGGCUCCCUAGCUCCUCUCCAGUGUCUUCCUGAGGCUUUGACAAAAUUUGAAUAACAGUUUUUUUUUGUAACAUUUUAAUUUCAAUGUAUCAUUGUUGCAGACCUAAAGUGAUUUUUACAAUCUCCAAUCAGGAAAAUGCUUAAAAAUGUCUACAUAAAUGCCUAUACACUGAAU